AUGUCAGUGCUAGCACUGGAAGAAGGGCCAAUUCCUGACCUUGCCUGCGAUCAAUUAAGUAACAAGAUCCAUCAUAAGAGCAAGGGCUGCUUGGAGCAGGGCUGGAAUCCAGGCAGUGGUCAGGGCAUCGCAGAGCGGGCAGAAGUUCUCCAUCCUGAUUUAGGGUACAAGACCCAGCCAGUGCCCAACCCCAUCGCCUACUUCAUGCAUCGCUCGCCGUGGUGGUUUCAUCAGUUCGAGACCCUGGUCAAUCACUUCAUCGAGCUGGUGGUGCCAUUCUUUCUCUUCCUGGGACGGCGGAUGUGCAUCCUACACGGCCUCUUGCAGAUCCUCUUCCAGGUCCUUCUGAUCAUAAGUGGAAACCUGAGUUUCCUCAACUGGCUGACCAUCGUGCCCAGCAUCGCCUGCUUUGAUGACAGCAGCCUGGGGUUCCUCUUCAGCUCCCGGCGAGGAGGGGUGAAGGAGCGGGCGGCGCAGAUGCGGCUCAAAGGGGCAGCUGGGGAGCAUCUUCCCCUGCCCUACGGCUGCUAUGUCCGCAAAGUGGUGAACAUCUCCUUUGGUGUCCUCAUUGCUUAUCUCAGUGUCCCGGUUGUCCUCAACCUGCUCAACUCCAGACAAGUCAUGAACACCUCGUUCAACCCACUCAGGAUAGUGAACACCUACGGAGCUUUCGGGAGCAUUACCAAGGAGAGAACAGAAGUCAUCCUUCAGGGGACAUCCAGCCUGGAUCCCAAUGACCCCACUGCUGUCUGGGAGGAGUUUGACUUCAAAUGCAAGCCUGGGGACUUGAAGAGGAGGCCGUGCUUUAUCAGCCCCUACCACUACCGCCUGGACUGGCUCAUGUGGUUCGCUGCCUUUCAGACCUAUGAACAGAAUGAGUGGAUAAUCCACUUGGCUGGGAAGCUGCUGGCCCAGGAAGAGGAGGCCUUGUCCUUGAUGGCAACGAACCCGUUUGCGGGCAGAGCACCCCCAAGAUGGAUCCGAGGGGAACACUUCAAGUACAAAUUCAGCCAACCUGGUGGAAAGCACGCCAGCGAGGGGAGGUGGUGGAUUCGGAAGAGGAUUGGCCCUUACUUCCCCCCUGUCAACCUCCAGGGCCUGAAGAAGUUUUAUGAAGACAGGAACUGGCCAUACCCCGUGCAGAACUGAUGGAAGAGGACGAGCAAGGUCAAGAGGGACCAGCUGGGGAAGAGGGAGAGCAGUCAGCUCCCUUACAAACUACAUGUCUUGCCUUUCUCUGUAUUUUUUAUCCAUAUUCUUGUUUACACAUAUUUUACAGAAGGUUCCCCACCAACCUGUUCACCUGC